UUUUGGGCGGCUGACUCCGAACCCUGAAGUUCCUUUCAAGUUUGUGUUUGAACGUUGGGUACCCUAAGCCUCCCCCCCAAAGGCCAAAACAACGCUUGUCUCUGUGGCUUUGCGCAGCACACUGACACAAACAUAGUGAUGUCGCGGAUAUGCGUCAAGAAUCUCCCCAAAUACGUUGCUGAAGAUCGACUUCGAGAAUUCUUUUCUCAGAAAGGAGAAAUCACCGACGUCAAGCUUAUGCGUACUAAAGACGGUAAUAGUCGCCAAUUUGCUUUUAUUGGAUUUCGUACUCAAAGUGAAGCUCAAGAAGCUAUUCGAUAUUUCAAUAGAUCUUACCUUGAUACAUCUAGAAUUACUUGUGAGGAGGCACGAAAACUUGGUGAUGCGAAUCUUCCUCGUCCGUGGAGUCGACAUUCGAAAAAGAAAGUCAAUGAAGUGACCACUCCGGAUGCGGACGAACGUGGUGGAGCCAAGGUUCGGGGACCAGAUGGUUCUAAGGACAGUGUUGAUAUUGAUGAUCCACAGCUUCAAGAUUUUCUUCAGGUUAUGCAGCCUCGGGUUAAGUCUAAAUUGUGGGCGAAUGAUACAUCAGUUGUGACCAAUGUUGGCAAUGACCAAGUUAUAUUAGAAAAGGACAACAAAGGUACAUUGGAUGCAAUCUGUCAGAGUGGCUCAUUAGUAGAUGGGGUUUUGAAUAAUUCUGAACCCAACAAACCAUGUGGGCAUGAACAUGAUGAAGUCAUUUCUGAUAUGGAUUAUUUCAAGAGUAGAGUGACGAAAGAGUGGUCUGACUCUGAAAGUAGUGAAGACGAUGAUGGUGACAGCGACGACAAUGUUGAUGAUGACACUGAUGACAAGGACAAUGAUAGUCAUGCUAGCGAGGAUGAAGAAAAUCGUGAUGGUGCUCAAGAGGUAGACUUAGAGGGCCAAGAAGAUACCUGUGGAGAGGAUGUUGCCCACGAAAAAACUCAAGUGAAUGCAACUGAGCAAGGGGGGCAUUUAUCAAAACCAGAAGAUGAGAAAGGAGCUUUUGAGUCCUGUCGACUGUUUGUUCGUAAUCUGCCAUAUACGACCACUGAGGAGGAACUGGAAGAACAUUUCAGUCAGUUUGGUAGUGUAUCACAGGUUCAUCUAGUUGUUGAUAAAGAUACAAAACGAUCCAAAGGAAUAGCAUAUAUUCUUUUUACAGUUCCAGAAUUUGCAGCCAGGGCACUAGACGAAUUAGACAAUUCAAUCUUUCAAGGAAGAUUGUUGCAUGUUAUGCCGGCCUUACAAAGACCUUCAGACAAUCACGAGAGCAAUGUUUUGAAGGAACAAAGCUCUAAAACCCUUAAACAACAGAGAGAGGAAAAAAGGAAAGCAGCUGAAGCUAGUGGAGAUACCAGAGCAUGGAAUAGUCUGUUCAUGCGCCCGGAUACAGUUGUGGAAAACAUUGCUCGGAAAUAUGGUGUUAGUAAAAGUGAUUUUCUUGACCGAGAAGCUGAUGAUCUGGCAGUUCGUAUUGCUCUGGGAGAAACUCAAGUGAUUUCAGAGACAAAAAAGGCAUUUAAAAAUGCUGGGGUGAAUGUAGAGUCUUUGGAGGAACUUGCUAAUAAUAAAGUUGAUGGCUUAAAAAGAAGUAACCAUGUGCUUCUAGUGAAGAACUUGCCAUAUGGUUCAACGGAAAAUGAACUUGCAAAGAUGUUUGGGAAAUUUGGUAAUUUGGAUAAAAUAAUUCUCCCUCCAACAAAGACAUUGGCAUUGGUUGUUUUCCUCGAACCAGCUGAAGCACGUGCAGCUUUUAGAGGUUUAGCUUACAAGCGUUACAGGGAUGCUCCAUUAUACUUGGAGUGGGCUCCUGCCAAUAUUCUUAGCCUAAGCCCAGCAUCAAAAAGUAAUGACAUGAAUGGUGCAAUUGGUGAAAAUGAUGCCAAGCGGCAGAUAUUGGAGCAACAUGUGGAAAGAAUAUCAGAUGUGGAUAUUGAUCCAGACAGAGUAGAGGCACGGUCCCUGUUUGUCAAGAACCUAAAUUUCAAGACAACAGAUGAAUGUUUGCGGAAUCAUUUUAGUGAACACAUGAAAGAGGGAAGAGUUUUGAGUGUCAAGGUGAAGAAGCAUUUGAAAAAUGGGAAAAAUGUUUCUAUGGGGUUUGGAUUUGUUGAGUUUGACUCCCCGGAGACUGCUACAAAUGUUUGCAGAGAUCUACAGGGGACAGUUUUGGACAGCCAUGCUCUUAUUUUACAACUUUGCCAUGUUAAGAAUGAUGGGAAAACACAAAAGACGGUUGAGAAGGAUAAGAGUUCAACAAAAUUGCUUGUAAAAAAUGUUGCUUUUGAGGCAACAGAGAAAGAUCUGAGACAAUUGUUUAGCCCGUUUGGCCAGAUUAAAAGCUUAAGGUUGCCCAUGAAGUUUGGAAGCCAUAGAGGCUUUGCUUUUGUGGAGUAUGUUACUCAGCAGGAGGCACAAAAUGCUCUCAAAGCACUUUCAAGCACCCACCUCUACGGUAGGCAUCUGGUGAUAGAGAGAGCCAAAGAAGGUGAGAGUUUGGAAGAAUUGCGUGCUCGAACAGCUGCUCAAUUUAGUGAACAUAAUGGAUUACAAAAUGCUACUAAAUUAUCCAAGAAGAGGAAGCAAAUUGACAUCUUAGAUGAAGGAAGGAUGAAGUUUGAAAGAAUUGCUGGUUAAUACGCCUCCUAAAACCUAAACAUUUUUUAGCAUAUAUAUCCUGAAAAUCCAGGAUCACAAUUUUGUAUGUUUUAAGUUAUGCCAUGGUGUCCCUUAUGAUCUCAAGUGUUGUAAAUCAGCUUCUGUUAAAUCCUUUAUUAAUUGCUUCUUCCUUUAAAAUUUGUUUACAUAUUUUUCAAUAAACUUCUACAUUCUAUAUAUUAUUCCGUUUCCACAUUUGUUUAUCU